CCCGUGGAGACAUUGGGGAGGACGCUCUGGUACCAGUUUCCACUUCUACCUUGACCAAAAUCGUCUGAGACGAGAGGGCCAGAUCGCUGCGAGAUGGGGACGUGACUCUGCUGUGACCUGCAAACGGAAACAAUUUCCAACACCUGGUAGUGGAGGUUCUGGGCGUGCAUGCGUGCGUGCGCAGGAGUUGAGGCAAACCAAAAGAAGCGAAGCAGAGAGGCGGGAUUAUGUUCCUUGCGGUGCUUCCCAACUGAGACGAGCGGAUCUGCACUUCGCGCCUCCUCCUCCGAGUGCAUUUGAUGGAUGUCUGACGAGUGGAUGGAAUGCCAGUUUAUAGCAUCGACAGAAAAUUCCCCGACUCGGCCGGUGAUUCCCUACAGUUAGCAGCAGAAGGAGACCCGAUGACAAUGACUGACAACAACCCCCCCAAGUCGGCCAAGAAGCCCCACUGGACUUCCCUGGAGAUUGGCCUCAUCACGGUAGUGUCCUUACUCUUCAUCGUCAUCGUGGCCCUCGUCAUCCUCUAUGCCACACAGAGGCCUGAAGAAAUCUGCACUACAGCUGACUGUACUCAGUCGGCGGCUCGCCUGCUCCAGAACAUGGACACCAGCACGGAUCCUUGCGACAACUUCUACCAGUACGCCUGCGGGGGCUGGCUCAAAAAGAAUGUCAUCCCAGAUACCAGCUCGAGAUACAGCACCUUUGAUGUCUUACGGGAGGAACUGCAAGUUAUCCUUAAAGGCGUUCUUGAAAAAAACAUGGAAGGGGAAGCGGAGGCUCUCAGUAAGGCUAAGACCCUCUACAAGUCCUGUACCAAUGAGAGUUUAAUUGAGAAAAGAGGGGGUGCACCUUUGCUCAAUAUGCUGCCUGAUGUGUUUGAGUGGCCCAUGGCUGUGGACAACUGGGACACCGACUAUGGUACAACAUGGAGACUAGAGGACGUCAUUGCUAAGUUGAAUGUGAAAUAUAGACGUGAACUCCUGGUUGUUAUGUUUGUGUCUACCGAUGACAAGGACUCCAAAUCGCACAUCAUUCAUUUUGACCAGCAGAGCAGCCUGGGCCUCUGGACCAGAUCUCACUAUGCUUGUAACGGAUCCUACGAAGAGGCAUGUCGGGCUUAUGAGCAGUUCAUGUUUGACCUGGUGAAGCUGAUCCGCACCGACCGGGGUUUGUCCUUCAACGAGACACUGGUCAGGGAGGAAAUGACACGAGUAACCGACCUGGAGCGAGACAUUGCCAAUGCUAUUGAGUCGAUAGAGUACCGUAGCGAUCCAAAGUUGCGUUACCAUAAGAUGGAACUCGGGGAUAUGAAUGCCAAUUUCACCCUUGAAGUUGAAUCACAGGUAUUCAACUGGACUUAUUUCGUGGCAAAAAUAAUGAAUACGGUCAACAUCACUGUGAAUGACACCGAGAAGGUCAUUAACUUCUGCCCUGACUAUUAUAGAGGCCUUAAGCUAAUCUUGGCCAAAUACACUAAGAGGGAUUUGCAGAACUACCUGGUGUGGCGUGUUGCUAUGAACAUGGUAAUACGCCUGAGCACAGCAUACAGGGAUACAGAAAAAGUAUUCAGAAAGGUUCUGUACGGCGUGACAUCAGAGACAGUGGCGUGGCGAUUUUGUACGGUUUACGUCAAUAGUAACAUGGAUAAUGCAGUAGGACGACUGUAUGUGCAGGAGGCCUUCUCCAAAAACAGCAAAAUACUGAUGGAGGAGAUGAUUAAAGAGAUUCAGGACGUGUUCAUCAGGAACCUCCAUGAACUGACCUGGAUGGAUCCCGACACCAAGAAAGCGGCCGAGCGAAAGGCUCAAGCUAUCAAAGAACAAAUUGGCUACUCUGAGGACAUCAUGGAUGACAAAUACCUCAACGAUGAGUACAAAGAUCUGCACUACAGUGAGGAGGAGUUCUUUGAAAACAGCCUGCACACCCUGGAGUACAUGCAGAGGAAACGCCUGGAGAAACUCAGAGAGAAAGCCAACAAAGACGAGUGGUUAUCAGGAGCAGCUGUCAUUAAUGCUUUCUACUCAUCAAGAAUAAACCAGAUAGUUUUCCCUGCUGGUAUCCUGCAGCCACCGUUCUUCAGUCAAGGCCAGGCUAAAUCUCUCAACUACGGAGGAAUCGGCGCAGUCAUCGGCCAUGAGAUCACACAUGGCUUUGACAACACGGGUAAAAAAUAUGACGACAAUGGCGACCUGAGGGACUGGUGGACUCCCGACUCUGCUCAGAACUUCAUGGAGCUGUCCAAGUGUAUCGUGGAUCAGUACAGCAACUUCUCAUGGGACCUGGCCAAUGGACUUCACUUAAAUGGGAACCUCACCCUAGGGGAAAAUAUUGCUGAUAACGGUGGAAUACGGCAGGCCUAUCAGGCUUAUAAGAACUAUGUGAGGAAACAUGGGGAGGAGCCACGGCUGCCAGGAAUUGACCUUUCCCACGAUCAACUCUUCUUCCUCAACUUUGCUCAGGUGUGGUGUGGAACACAACGACCAGAAGACGCUCAGAAUUCCAUGGAAAGUGAACACAGUCCAGGAAAAUUCAGGGUCCUGGGCUCCCUUCAGAAUUUCCCAGAAUUUGCCAAAGCUUUCAGCUGCAACAAGAGCAGCUACAUGGUCCCUGACAAAGUGUGCCACCUGUGGUGAUCAGCAAAGCUCUCGGAUGAUGUCUUACAGUACACCCACCGGCCCCCUGUUGUGGGUGGGGGGGGGGGGGGGGGCUACAAGGAGGGAGUUGUAAGAUGCUCCCAGCGCUCACCUGGAUAGAGCAGAACUGCAGUAUGCACUUCCUGGGAGAACAACAGCAGCAGCGGACUGGAACACUGUUCACCCACCACUCCGCAUUUCAUCCAGUAAGCAUCACUAUUGUCUUCACUGGAUGCAAACAAUCUUUUGUCUUUUUUAAGAGCUCCUUAUGUGUGAGUCUGCCAAGGAGUGUUGCUUAUGUGGGGGUUAAUGCGAGCCAACCCACUGGCUUAUAAAUACACCAAACACCCACUCACACUCAUAGCCAUAAAGAGGUAUGAACCACUGUACUGUAUGUGGGACUGCCUUCAAUGUACUCUUCAGUGUUCAUACAUACCUUAGUUUAGAUACAUUGUUAGUAUUUACUCGUGAUUUACACAAUGCUGUUCUACGUUGGACAUGAGCCGGCAGUAGGCGUCAAUGGGCGUGCGCCGGUCAUUAUCAGUACGAUAUGUCACACACACAAGCCAGUUGAUGCUUCUUGCCUUUUAAGAUCUACGCACCAGUCACUGAGAUGACAAUCGACAGACUGCGUGUCCACGUCACAACAGUUGCUACCUGCUGUUUGUCACACCAAUCGCAAUGCCUUACAUGACCCGUCUGCUGCUCGUAGGUAGGGCUAGGGGUUUGGGUUCGAGGUACAUCUAAUGGGAUCCAAUACAAGAGCUGAAAAUUAUAAUUGACUAUUAUUAUCAUCUUUAUCAAAGGCUAAACUUUUGUAUUGUCUCAAAAGACUGUCUCUCCGCCGGGUAUGAUAUAACAGCUAUUAAAAAGUGAAGUAUUUAAAGAAGAUUGAUGAUUUCUGAGUCAGUGUUAUUUGAAUUGGUUUAUAAAGUAUUUCAAGGAAAACUGCACUUUUUGGAGGAAUUUCGCCCAUCAUCCACAAUCCUUAUGUGAGACACGAACACACGUCUUUCGCGUUUCUGUGCGUUCUAAAGAUGGAAAAACAGCGAGAAAUGCACAUAAUGGGACACACCUAUUUCGACUACAAAAAAACCCUCAAAAAAUGCCAACAAUGUCCAUUUACAGUGCAUGACCUGCAUAUUAACCAAGCUACAGCAACAUUGUUAUUGUAGGCAGUAACAGAAGAACAAAUUUUCCGGCGUGAUAACACAACGCCUCACUCACAACGCCUGAGGCCACGAACAUUAGCUACUGGAGCUGCUGCAUCACUUGUGAGCUUGGUAAAGUUAAUGCCAAGUUAUAAAUCAUGCCUCGCACGUGUAUAUAACAUUGUGGCAAUAAGCUGAAGAGUUGGUCAACUUUGAGUUGGUCAACUAAACAUCCGGGCCGACGGAAGCAGUGGAUACUGAUUCUCAACUCAGACCCGAAGACAUUGCUAAAAAGAUUCAGUUUGAUGCUCGUUACCUCUCAGCGUUUUUUACCUGAGGACUAUGCUGAAUUUACCAGCUCAACGGGGAACACAAGUCUUGCUGAAAGAUACUGUACAUCCAUCCCAUCAGUUGGCAUCCCAGUGAGAGCGAACAUUGUAAGUGACUGCUUUAUUAUGUUCUUAUUUUGUCCGUGAAACAUUAAGCAUUAGUGCUACAUGCUAACGCUACGAGAAUGACUUAGUGUUUCACUGUAGGUGGCUCUGCCGAGCACGCAGCAACAUUAUUCUCUGGGGGGAGUAAAAGGUUGUCGUCGUCAUCGGCUGUCACAAAGCCUGCCAUGAUUAGUGAUAGCAAACUGUGUUAUGUUGCUGUUGUUGACAGAAGUAGCAUUCGUUGCUAUGGGCUCUGUAAAAUCAAUGCGCCCAGGAAAGAAGUUUCGGUAAUGCUUAAAAUGACCAAAAUACGGCAAAAUACUGUAUUAUGUGUUAUCAUGAAUGUACUUUCUCCCACAUACAAUGCUGUAUUUUCAUCCCUUCCUGAAAGAUUUCAUCAUUUAGCCUCCAACAAAUAAGCAAGGCACAGCCAGCAUGGUUUCAGGUGGGUCCAUGAGCAUCAUUACAUCCCAAUAAGAUGCGCCACUGUAUCCUAAACCAUCGUCAUUUGACACCACUAAAGAGCAAAACCAUUCCUGUCAGGACCUGCUUCAUCCUUUUACAUGAUAAAUAGAUUGGAUCUUGCACCAAGUUCACAGACUAGAGCUGUCCUAUCUAGUCUGACUAGUGUUUGUCAGGUUGUAGGAUAACCUGAACAGUCCAUUUGAGAUCGAUUCAGUGCCCUGAGAAUAUAAAACGUGGUUGGAGGUGUUUUAACAGAAGGCUUUGGACGGACGGACUAGGUGAAUCCCAUUAGCGCACAUUUUUUCUCUAUUUAGAACGCACAGAAAAGGGAGAGACGUGUGUUCAAGUCUCACGUAAGGAUUGUGGAUGAUGGGCAAAAUUUUAUAAAAAGUGCAGUUUUCCUUUAAAGGUGAAAGACUCCUUUAUUUUGGAAAAAAAAGUGUGUACUACAGCUUUAAGAGUCCCAAUCCCACAUUUGAAGGAUUGUUCUUUUUUUUAGUUUCAACUGUCUAGGAUUUUAUGAACCUGUCAUUCUUUUUUUCCCAAAAGGUGGCGCUCUUGUUUUUGCAAUUUCAGGUAAAUGAAGUUAUCACAAUGAACAAUACUAAUGACAAAGAAUUUACAAUGUUUGUUUGUUGUUCUUCUAUUAUUUGUGCACACCAGUGUCUGUGUGUGUGUGCGCCUCUCUCUUUACGUGUAGACAGAUAUAAAAGAUAUACCUCAGUUGCCUGUAUUAAGGUAUUUUCUAGUAAUAUAAUAAUCGUCUCCAGGAGCAUUUUUCCUUUCAAAAUAAAAUCUUUCAAUGACCUCA